AUGGUGCCUACUCUUCACUGGCAUCACUCGGUGUCGAUGGAACUGCAGGUGGACCAGACGCCUGCUCCACCUCUCCUCAAUGUCCCUCACCCCUGGGAGCAGGACAAUGAGGGAAGGAAGGUCAUAAUGCCUGCCACGUGCGAAGCACUGCUGCUUAGUUUCCAAUUCAUCCUUACUGCCAAUGCCGAUGACGACGAACCCGGUUGUAAGUCCUCUCCACUCCUUACCACCGUGCGACCCCAUGCGUCUACUUUCCGCUUCACAUCCACCCUUCGCUUCCCUGUGCGUCUACCACCAUCACAGCGUCGAGGAUGCGCAACGUCGCCUCGCAGCUGA